CUGCUUGGUGAUAUUGAAACACCUGCACCUCAUCGUGAAAAUUGUGCAAUUUUUGAUCUCACUUCCUACCUGUCUUAACUUUGUCCCGUGACUUAAGGCUUUAUUACUACGCAAGUGGCUUUUCAACAAACAGAUCUGAUUUGUGUCUAAGCAUGAACCGUUCGGGGUUGGUCAUUGGUUCGGUUAUUUUGUGCUUAUGUGCAAGUUAUGCUGCUUUGGAAGAAGGUGCUGCAUUACCAGAUAUGUUGAAUACAGUGACCAGUAUAGUUAAACCUAACACAACUCUCUCUAUGACUGCAUGGUCCAUGCAUGUCACCAACAUGACUGCACAGACUCUGUCAACUACCCAUGUGUUGACAACAGUGCCCCCUACUUUGACACCCAAUUUUUCACUGCCUGAAACUGGACAGUAUAAUGUUUCUAUCAAGAAUGUUAUUUGCAUCAAGGCAAGACUUGGAAUACAACUUUUUGUCAAAGAAAAUGCAGAGGAUCUGCACUUCAACGUUCCUCCAGCAAAGACUGUAGUUUCAGGGAAGUGUGGAAAUACUGCCUCCUGGAUUAUCCUAAAAUUUAAUUUGGGAUUUGUGAAUUUCACCUUUGUGAAGGAUGGAGAACAUUAUUACGUCAGUGAAAUAAGUGUUGCUCUGAAUACCAUGAAAAACUUGGAAAAAUCCUAUUCGGGUGCUAUGAAGAAUGUAAAGUUGUUCAAGACUACACUUGGGCAUUCUUACAAGUGCAAAAGCCAGCAGUUUUUGCCUAUUUCACCCAAUUCAUUAUGGAUUCUUCUUGUUGAUACUCAACUCCAAGCAUUUGAUGUUACUGGUGGAAACUUUGGGAAAAUGGAGGAAUGCUUCUUGGAUUAUAGAAUUAUUGUGCCCAUCUUCUUCGGAGUGUCUGUUUUUGUGUUGAUCAUCGUCAUAAUCAUCGUGUACUUGUAUUAUCGACAUCGAAGAUUUGCAGGCUAUCAGCGAAUCUGAAGAAAGAGAUUCCAAGCAGUUGAAGGAUGCUGACCAUCCUCUUCACUUAGUUUUCACUUGUCAUUAUUGUUGAAGAUGCACAUCUCAGCUGAACCAAACUCUCUUAACUUCCUCCCUAUUCAAGUUACACAGAUUGAUCUUGUUUUAAAUAUGCAUAUCGACAUACUGGUGGAGGAUUAGUUUACCACUGAGUCAUUAUAGUUCCAUAUGGUAUUAUUGCUUUUAUGUCUUUUAUACCAGAAGUAUUGAGAAUUAAAACUGUCAUGCUUUUGGUGUAGUGUAGCUUUUAUUUAAAAGAAGCUUAGCACUUCUCAUUUUGAAACAUAUUUUGUAGGCAAAUGCAUUUUGACUACGUUCUUGGAAUUUUUUUUAAAAUUUAAAUCUGCAAACAAAAUAUAAGUAAAGGGGUUUAAAUUGUUAGAGAUAGUAGGAACUGCCGAUGCUGGAGAAUCUGAGAUAACAAGGUGUGAAGCUGGAUGAACACGGCAGGCCAAGCAGCAUCCGCGGAGCAGGAAAGCUUGAUGUUUCAGGUCGAGACCAAAGAGAUUCUAUUCUGUAAAUCAGUUUCAUUCUAUUCUGUGAAUCAGUUUCAUUUUGUUUCAUACCAAAUGUGUUUUUCUCUAAACAUUAACAAUAAUUGGUCAUUUUAUGGAGAACAGCAAUAAUUAUUUCACUCAGUGUUGGCUGUCUUACUAUAUUCCUUUUUAGGUCUUUUAAAAUGUUAUAUGGAAUGAUUUUCUUUUGUGGAAUUAUCUUCAAAAUUUCUCUGCUUCAUGUGUCCUCUGCUUUUAGCAAUUUUGGUUAUAAAUGGUUUGACAACUGAAUUCAUCAAUUUUAGUUAUUUUUAAAUCUUCAAAUUUUGGAAAUGGAAAUGCAUGCAUUACUAACUCAGUGUGAAAUAAUUACAUUAAUGGUUGCUGGCAGUUUAUAAAUGUCAAAAAAAUUUCAAUAUCCUUUACAAUAGGUUACAAUUCUGAGAAGUACUUAUUACAUCUUUAAUUAUAAGCUUGUACCAACAAAUGUAAUAGGAUAAUGGAGCUGCAUAGGAUAAAGAUUCUUAAUUUUCUUGUAUUCUAUAUCAGAUAUUAAGAAAUAUUUGCUGAGGGUUUGCUUUGUUAUCUGCUUCUGCCAGUUGAAUUGAUGCGGGUUUCUGCUGAAGGAAACCGAAUGUUCGUGUAAUUAGAGCAAACUGAUAAGAGCUCCUGACUGAUGCUGAUUGCAGAAUCAAUACUAAUGCAUUUGAACUGGAGUUCCAAAAAGUGGAGGAUUGUAUUGAAAUGGCAUAUCCAUUUGGCUGUUCUCAAAGCUAUACCCAACUAGUCCAUACUUGCAAAAUGCAAAACAGUAUCCAACAUUAGAUGUGAUUUCACAGCGGGACAUUUGCUAAAUAGUCCUGAGUGUGAGAAGAAUUAUGCUGACCAACAAUUUUUAGAAUUGUCACCUGGGCUCAGGGUGAUGUCUUGUGCCUGUUGGAAGCUACAUAUUAAUACAUAGGGCCCCUGUUCUUUGCCACCAGAAAGAGCAUAUGCACACUGCAUCUGAAUCAUAUGAAAAAAAAGAUGAAAACAAUUCUCUAGUUCAUUUUUUUAAAAUCAACAACUCUAGUCAUCAUCCAACUGCUACAUUUUCAUUGGCAAUACCUGUGCCAAUCAGAACUUUCCUCUCAUGUAGUAUAAAUGUAAUUCUUGUGAAUUGUCCUAAUGAGAGCAUGGGUUUAGAAAUAUUUUUGAUAGCAUGAGGACCUUCCCUUUUUUAAAUUUGUUUGGUUAGAACAAAGAGUUUUAGCUUGCAAUCAUGUAACUCUGGAUGUGAGUUUGCUCACUGGAAGGUUUGUUUUCAGACGUUUUGACACCAUUCUAGGUAACAUCAGUGAGCCUCCGGUGAAGCGUUGGUGUUAUGUCCCGCUUUCUAUUUAUCUGUUUAGGGUUCCUUGGGUUGGUGAUGUCAUUUCCUGUGUUGGUGUCAUUUCCUGUUUUUUUUUCUUAGAGGGUGGUAGAUGGGCUCCAAAAUGAUGGGCUACCACCCAUUUCCUACCUACUAACCUCAUCCCACCUCCUUGACCUGUCUGUCUUCCCUGGACUGACCUAUCCCCUCCCUACCUCCCCACCUAUACUCUCCUCUCCACCUAUCUUCUUUUCUCUCCAUCUAUCUUCUUUUCUCUCCAUCUUCGGUCCACCUCCCCCUCUCUCCCUAUUUAUUCCAGAACCAUCACCCCAUUCCCCUCUCUGAUGUAGGGUCUAGGCCCGAAACGUCAGCUUUUGUGCUCCUGAGAUGCUGCUUGGCCUGCUGUGUUCAUCCAGCCUCACAUUUUAUUAUCUUGGAUUCUCCAGCAUCUGCAGUUUCCAUUAUCACUCAACAUCUAGAUAUGCAGGUGCGGGGAAAUGAAGCUGACUCCUUUGCUGACUGUUCGUCCUCAGUGAGGGGGAUGUCUGGGGGGGCAGAUGAAGACCCGGCAGGGCUUGGGCUAGGAUUGGGUGUAGAGCUGAAGCUGGGAACAGGGGUGGAGACUGUCUCGGGCAGAAGUGAAGUCAGCAGUGGCAGUCUGGUUGGCAGCAGUGGAAGUGAUGAGGGUGGUGAUGUCACUGGGAGAAGCCGAGGUAACUGCAUGGUCAAUGGCACUGGGCACAUUGAGGUCUUGUAUAGGGUUGGGUUCUGAAGUGGUAGAACAGACCUGUGUUUGGUGGUAAGCACAAGCUGGAGUAAGAAACAACACUGGACCUGGGGGAUCACAGCAGGUCAGGAAGCAUCAGAGAAGCAGGAACAUUGACUUUUCUGGUCAAGACCCUUCUUCAGAAUGAACACAGGUAGAAAGUUGUUUAAAAAUGGGAUGCGUGGUGUAGCACAAAAAGAAGAUCCAAUAUGCAGUUUAAACAUCCUUGGAUCCCUUAAGGGUUAGUUUUGACCUGAGACUGUGGUUGUUUAGUUGAUCAUUUGUAUCCUGCACAAUCGCAAAAUUUGUAGAUAUCUUUGAGUUCUUAGUGAAGAGAUGUUUCUCCAAUUUGCUUUGCUACCAGAUAUUGUUUUAAUUGAGAAACGGAGAGGAAGAAGAAAAGAAUCUUCCAGAUCUGUUGUUCCAACUCCAUUUGUCCUUUCUCUGAUCUGCCCAAAAGCAGUUGUCUUAAAGAAAGUUAAUUUGUGUAUUUUCAUGCUGAGAAAUUUGUGCUGAGUUUUUCAUCUUGAUAUGGAAAACUUCCAGAAAAAUGUGAAUCAAACAAGAAAUGGAAAUCUGAGUGACUGGUUUCAGUUAUUUUGAAAUGUUAAUUUCAGAGCAGACUGGAUCUUGUUUAUUAAUGGUUUCAUGAAGUUUGGUCAGGUGAUCAUUGUGGCCAUCUUUUAUUACUUCAGUGUUUUUCCUUUUGAAGCCAUUUUAAUAUGUUGAAAAACCCAGGUAUUAAGAUCAGAGGAUGGAAAUUACAAUUUGAUGGUCCAUUUUUACCACAGUCAUAACAUGUUUGAGCCUCUGAUUUCAUCUGUGAAACUCUUCUAUCGGAAAUUGUAACUUCCAAGGCAAUUUACGUGUAGGUCCCUGUGCCAGAAUUUCCACAGAAUUCCAAUGCACAUCUAAGUGUUACUCCUGGUCUCGGGCAAUCCAGAAACUGGAAAAUCAUGUUGAUCAAUUAAUUGACAUUUGAAUGAUACUUUCAUUAUGUAAGCUUUAAACCAUAAUUACUUCAUUUUGUUAGUUUGAUAAAAUAAUUACUUUAGUAAUAGCAGCCACCGUAGUCUUGUGAGCAGGGCUGAUUGACUUUUAUAGAAAUAAAAUUUUAUUCUUACCUUCUGUCAACUUUAAAUGUGGAUAACAUGAUCUGUACAUUUGUAGUGUCAUUUAUAGCCA